CAAAAAAUUGAACACACCAGCAGUGUGAGGAGACCUGAAAGUGGCACAUGGCAUGGCAGAGUGUGGCGAUGGAGACAGCAGCAAUGGGAGGCCGUACAGGGACCCAUGAGACACUGUGGACCUGGCAGCAGCAUGAGGAGGCGGUACAGGGGCCCAUGGCAGAUUAGGGGCCUGGCAGCAGCUAUGGGAGGCCCGUAAUCUGCCAGCACCCUAUGACAAAAAAUGGAACACACCAGCAGUGUGUGAGGAGACUUGAAAGUGGCACAUGGCAGAGUGUGGCGAUGGAGACAGCAGCAAUGGGAGGCCGUAUAGGGACCCAUGAGACACUGUGGACCUGGCAGCAGCAUGA